AUGCCAAAGUUGUUCCUUGUUUUAUUAGUGUAUUUAUUUAAAGAAUCAAAUGCCCUCGUCCUUCGUGCGUACAUCUCUCAGCAUGGCUUGCAUGGAGAGAUCGAGUUCUCGAACAAGAACGAGACACUCAUCAGCAUCAGAACCAACUUGAAGCCCACUUUACAGUACCCGGAUGGAGUCUGGAGAUGGACCAUCCAUGAAUUCCCAGUCGAUUAUCGAGAUUUAUCCGAAAAUAGAUGCUCCGAGAGUAAUUUAGGUAAAGAACUGAUAGAUUUAACUGAAGAAUUAGGAUAUUUAAUCAUACCAGGCAAAGACCAUGCUGAGUUUGAAAGUAAAAAUAGUUUGACAGGAUAUUUGGGAAUGUGGGGAAAGAGUAUAGUUUUAGAAACAGCAGAAAGAGAUAGAGUUGUGUGUGCAUCUAUUCUGUCAACAGAGAAACUUUAUGAAAAAUACGCAGAAGCUAGGUUUUCAGCUCCUAUAGCGGGUGUUCUAAAUUUUCGCUGGCUUUACGCUAGAGACUUUGAUGAAUCCGAUGCAUACCUUCUAACAGAUUUGUAUCAUACAAAAGCAGUACCAGAGAAAGUGGACUAUACAGAGCACAAAUGGAAGCUCUUUGUAACUGACAUAUUUGACUCUGAUAAAGGAAAUCAUGAAGACAACUGCAAUGUACUGCAAGCGGUGUUUGAUCCAGAGAACAAUGGUGAUGGCAUGAGCGUUGGUGACUUGGACGUUAGGUUAGGUCUUGUUAAAGUGGCUUCUGACCCUAAUGUACAACGGCUGAGAACUGUGUACAAGAAUGAUGUACUAGGCACGUUGCGAAGCGACAUGGAGGUGACGACGAGAAGCCUCUACGUAGUGAUCUAUGACACUAGACAUUCUGACAGUUUUCUCGCUUGCGCAAAACUAAGACCGAUGCAACCGAAGAGUGCCAAAGCCCUGAUAAACAUGGACGGCAUCAGAGGUACUGUGGACUUCACGCAGCGGUCACCGUUCGAUCCAACGUGGGCGUACUUUCAGCUGGGCGCCGCGGACCAGGAGUACGAGUCCAACCUUCGCUUCGUGGGCUCCAUGCUGCAGUACAGCGUGCGACAGGUGCCCGCACGGCUGCUGAGUGCGGAGCUGGUACACUCCAUGUGCAACACCACUGGGGAUCUCUAUAAUCCCACCAACGUGGAUUUGAAAGCUGUGCCACCACCAGGCAUGGGCACAAUGGAUCAAUACCCAGUGGGUGACUUACUGGGGAAGUAUAAGGACCGCACGGAGUACCUGAAUCAUCGCUACCUGCUGCCAGGGCUGGCGAACGAGCUCAGUGGAGCCUAUUGGGAUGUAUUCCUGUCGCUCUACGGACAGCACAGCGUCAUGCAUCGACCCCUGGUGCUUGAAAGGAGAGCUCCAAAACAAGAGAUCUGCGGCACGAUCCUCUCGUACGAGGACGGCACGGAGUAUCAAACGCCGAUGACGUCCGCGCAGGUGAUAUUCCGCUACCCGAUUGUUGGCCGAGUCGUGUUCCGACAGCCGCUGGACCGACCCUGGGAUGACACCACCAUUAUCAUCGAGAGCAUGGUGCACGCGGAUGGGUCGAACGUGAAUAACACGUUCUCUCACCGCUGGGCCGUACACGACCAUCCACCUGGUGCUGAUUAUUACAACUGGACGGCGCGCUGUCUUAGCGCGGGCAAGUUAUUUGACCCAGCUGCGAUGGACGUGGAUGCUAGGCACCCGGACGUGUACUGCAGGCCGGGUCUGCACCUCUGCAGGGUCGGGGACCUCACCACACGACACGGCACUUUGGCAGUAGCGGGUAAGAAGCUGGACAGUGCACGUCUUACAAGACGGAUGUUCACCGACACUUCACUACCUCUGACUGGCAAGAAUUCCGUAAUGCGGAGAUCGCUGGUCAUCUAUGAUGACCACGGACCUGUCGCGCGGGGAGAGAGGAUGGCCUGCUCUAUAAUAAACGGGCUGCAUCGUCGAAAAGCUGUAAUUCGCGACUGGUUCGGCAACGGGCAGCCCGACGCCCCCACGGGCCGCCUGGAGCUGGUGCAGCAGUCGGAGUACGAUGUCACCAACGUGCAGGUGCAGCUCGCCGGCCUGCAUGACGCGCACACCUACAUGCUGCACGAGGUACCAGUGGAAAGAGAUCUCGAGUUUCCCUGUGAAAGGACAACUUUGUAUGACGUGUACAAUCCUUUUCAUGUCAACAAAUCACUUACCCCUCCUCCAAUGAAAGGCACAGCAGACCAGUACGAGCUUGGUGAUUUGGGGAGUAAAUAUGGAUUAUUGGAUGAUUUCAAAACUUUCUCCACGUUCUACAACGAAACGCAGAUGUCUUUGUUUGGUCCAUACAGCAUUCUGGGACGAUCUGUUGUUAUACAUCAGAAGAGUAAGAAGCGUCGCUUGGCGUGCUCGAGCGUGGAGCGCGGCUACAGUCCGUCGGAGGCGCGCGAGCUGCGCGGUGUCGCGUCGUUCCACCACCCCGGCGGCUUCGCGUGGGGCUACGUGCGCCUCACACAGCUCGUGCACGCCGACGGCAGCGCCAGCGACACCGUCGUGGAGGUCAACCUGCGGCACCCCGGCGAGCGGGACCGCAACCUGACACACGGACACAAGUGGGAAAUCUACGUGAAUCCGGUGGGCGUGGACGCGGCCGUGAAGGUGACUGCGACUCGCUGCGUCGCUGGCGGCUAUCGCUGGAAUCCAUACUUCACGCAGCUCGCUGAUCCGCUCAACCACGACCUGUACUCCGCGGAGUGCGGCGCGGACAACCCGUUGCGCUGUGACGUGGGCGACCUCACCGCUCGCCUCGGCACCAUCACCGUAGGAGGUGAGCGGCAAAUGUUCAUGGACGGCAACUUCCCUCUGGAAGGCACCGUCUCAGCCAUGGGCCGCUCCAUCGUGAUCUUCGGUCCGGACCGGAGCAGCGAACGGUUCGCCUGCGCCAACAUACAGCCCGACAAGGAUAUCAUCAAAUACGUCAACAUUAUGAAGCCACCCAGAUUUGUUCUUGGACAAUUCCUGGAGGAAAUGCGCAGCAUCAUGGGCGUCCCUCCCUGGAUGCUGGGCGUGGACUCGCGGCGCACGCGUGUGCUGCAUUACGGCGCCUGCGUGCAGAUCUUGCUGCACUUCACUGGACCCAGCGCCAACCAGCUCGAGCUGGACUUCACCAGGUUACUAGCAUCGGGCCGCUUGGACUCUCCCAGCAUCUUUAUCCCGGGCUACGUGAACAGUAAACGCAAGAAGACCACGUCCUUCCGACAGUGUGGUGUCACCGAUCCCAACGAGACGAAAAAGACCUCUUACUUCUUCUCGUCGGACUCAUCAGCAGUAAGGACUACAUCGCUCAGCUUUCUAUGGAUAUCGAUAUUAGCAAUUGUGAAAUGGUUACUUGCGUAG